ACUGAAGCUGGACUGCUUUGUGAUGGAGAAGGUAUAGGAAAUUUUUUAUUGCUUGCACGCUAGUAGGCACCAGACCAAGACGUUAUUGAAGGAGCAGAAAAUCCGAGACAAAGAGACUGAACAUUAAGAAUUACAGGAUCUGCGAUGAAAUAAUUGAUGGACUAAAAUAGUAGAAGACAAGUGUGCAAGAAUCUGUGGGUGACAGUUGUUGCUAAUAUUCUGUUGUUGAAGACAUUAAUGACAAUGUAUACACAAAAGGAUAGUACAUUUACUGUUCUGAACUGUGUCAUGUAUGUCUUAAUAUGGUCUGGCGUGUCACUGGCCCAAAAGGACUGCACAGGGACUGAAUGCCCAUUGUUGGAAAACUGUAUUGAAGAGGUUCUUGAACCUGGUGAGUGCUGUGCUUCUUGUCUACAGCAAGGCUGCACCUGUGAAGGCUAUCAGUAUUAUGACUGUGUCCAUGCUGGAUUCCGCAAUGGCAAAGUACCAGAAGGUAAAUCUUACUUUGUUGACUUUGGUAGCACUGAAUGUCUUUGUCCUCUUGGAGGAGGGAAGAUAAUGUGUCACUUUAUUCCUUGUCCUGAGCUACCAUCUAACUGCAUUGAGGUCAUUGAACCACAUGAUGGAUGCCACCAGUGCGGGAAGAUUGGCUGCAUUAAAGGUGAGCAGAAGUAUGAAGCCGGGCACACGUUUAAGAUCCCACCAUGCCAGGUUUGCCAUUGCCCCAGCGAUGGAGGACAGCUUAUGUGCUAUCCUCUUCCAGGCUGUGAUCCGUUUACACUUGAUCCUAAUCAUCAACCAAAUAAUGAUGCAAGAGCACCAGAUCGCCACUAUGAUGACCCUUACAGCUAUGACCAAGAAGUACAAGAAACAGACCUAGUCCAUAAAGAGUACACAAACAGCAGAAAUGACAAGCCGCUGCUGCACAAGCCAAAUAGCAGACACUUAGUCAAGGAAUACGAGUACACAGAAAGCACUAUUGCCACUCCUUCUUUGACAGAUGAUGUUCUUCCUACUAAUUCACCAUUUAACAUGGCACCUAGACCUGGAUUCAUGCAACUUUCUGAGGCUACAGGAGAAAUAGAAAUCAAAGAAACAGACCAAGAUGGCAGCCAUUCCACAACAGAAACAUUAGAUACACUGAAUGAGGCAGAGACUGAGUCAGUUGCUGCAGUUACUGAAGCCUUAUUUGCAGAAGAGGUAACAGAAAGUGAAGAAUUAGUUACAGGAGGCACACCCACUGAGCAAGAGUUCACAGAGACAGAUCAGAUGCCAACACAAAAGAAUGUGGAAUUUAGUAAAACUGAGAAAAAUGAAACAUUCCACCACAGCAGGUCAGUAGUGACUCCUCAAACUGUAAAGGGAGUAGAAAACACAAAAAGGACAGGUGGGCUGCAUGCAAAUGAAUUUGUAUUUCCUACCAUUCAGUUUAGUCCAACAACUCGUUCUCCAGUUGCCUUGAGGAAUGUUGACAAUCAUGUUUCCCAAAAGCUGUCCCAGACUCUUUCCAACUAUGAACCAGGAGAAGAAGAAGAAGAGACUGGAGAUGAUGCACAGACAACUGCUUCGGAGUCAAGUCACCAAGAAGAGGUACUGCCCUCACAACCCAGCAUUCUGAAAAAUCAAGAGACAGGAGAUGCGAGAGACACUUUUGAUAAAGAUUUGUUUGAUGAUUGUUGUGCUGCAGGAUAUGAGUGGGCAGCAGAAAAUGGGCAGUGCAACAAUAUUCCAGUGAAUAAUUUGUACGCAGUGAUUUGCAGAGUUGUCCAGGAACAGUGCUGCAGCUCAUAUUUAAAAGAUACCAGCUGCAUCGCUGGUAUGAUUGCUGCCAAAGAAGGAGAGAUGUGUGUAGCUGAAGACAAGGAUGCUUGUGGAGCAGAUCACUUAAAGAUAUGCUGUGACUGCUGCUCUCUAGGAUUAACUGCAAAAAGCAAUGGACUUGUAUGUGAACCAUAUCCCAACCUUGGUUAUCUGUGUAAUCAGUUAUAUCUCACCUGCUGUGAGGGUUCAAGUCAGCAGGGGCAACCAGAAAUCAGAAAGCAGCCAGAACCAACACCAACACCUCAACUUCAACGACUUUCAGAGGCUGACCACUCUAAUGAAGCUUUUUUUCUAAAUAAUGAAGACAGCGUCACUGACAGCAUUCCAGCAGAUUACUCUGAUGAAUGCCUUUCUUCUGUCGGACUACAGUGUGAGCAUCAUUGUAUCAGAAAUGCAGAAUCAUAUGUAUGCAGCUGUAAUCCAGGCUUUUAUUUGGCAGCUGAUGGUUUCUCUUGUCAUCUGUAUGAAUCUGUUGCAAGAGUGGAAGAUGAAGAAUUCAAUUAUUUAGAAAGGACUGAACAUACUUCAGAAGUUAAAUCUUUUGCAGAUUCAGUUACAGAAGGAGUACAUAUUGAAGAAGACAAGUGCAAAGAUCUUGGGCCCUGUAAGCACCACUGCAAUGUAGCCAAAGGCAGUAUUGUCUGCUCUUGUUUCAGUGGAUAUGUUCUGAUGAAUGAUAGCUAUUCAUGUGAAGAUAUUGAUGAAUGUGCCAUAGAGUCACACACCUGCCAACCUGCUGAGCAAUGUGUUAACACAGUAGGUUCGUUCUUGUGUCGGAAAAUAAUUUGCAGAAUAGGGUACAGAUUGCAGAAUGACACAUGUGAAGAUAUUAAUGAAUGUGCUAUGGAGUCACACACUUGCCAACCUUCUGAGAACUGUAUUAAUACUCCAGGAUCAUUCAUAUGUCAGAAGAAAAUUAUUUGUCAUCCAGGAUACAGAUUUCAGAAUGAAACCUGUGAAGAUAUUAAUGAAUGUGCUGUGGAGUCACACACUUGCCAACCUUCUGAGAACUGUAUUAAUACUCCAGGAUCAUUCAUAUGUCAGAAGAAAAUUAUUUGUCAUCCAGGAUACAGAUUACAGAAUGAAAUCUGUGAAGAUAUUGAUGAAUGCACAGUUGGACUGCAUAACUGUACUUUGGACACUGUUUGUGAAAACACACCAGGUUCAUUUUAUUGCAAAAUAAAACACCAGUGCACACAAGGAUUUUCUUUGAAUCCAGAAGGAGGCUGUGUAGAUAUAAAUGAAUGUGUUACAGAGUCACACACCUGCCAACCUACUGAGGACUGUAUUAACACAGUGGGAUCAUUCACCUGUCAGAAAAAACUUGUCUGUAAACAAGGAUAUACAUUACAAGAUGGCAAUUGUGAAGAUAUUGACGAAUGCACACGUGGACUCCAUAACUGUCCUCAGAACACUGUUUGUGAAAACACUCCAGGUUCAUUUUAUUGUGAAAGAAGGCAUCAGUGCAUGGAAGGUUUCACUGUAGACCCAGAAGGGGUGUGCAUAGACAUUAAUGAAUGCACAGCCCUCACUGACCCUUGCAAGCCUGGCUUCAACUGCAUCAACACAGCGGGCUCUUACACAUGCCAGAGGAAUUUAAUAACAUGCAACAGAGGAUAUGUUGCCAACUCAGAUGGGACUGGAUGUGUUGAUGUUGACGAAUGCCAGACUGGGAUACACCGCUGUGAUGAAGGACAGUUCUGUCAGAAUCUACCUGGUGCUUACCGCUGUGAUUGCAAACCAGGCUACCAGUAUGAUGCAUUCAGUAGAAGAUGUGUUGAUAUCAAUGAAUGUUGGCGCUAUCCAGGACGACUGUGUGCUCAUACCUGUGAGAAUACUCCCGGGUCCUACAAAUGUACAUGUACUUCAGGAUUUCGUUUGGCAUAUGAUGGAAAGAACUGUGAAGAUGUGAAUGAAUGUGAGAGGAAUCCAUGUAGCCAAGAAUGUGCCAAUAUAUAUGGAUCAUACCAGUGUUACUGCAGACAAGGUUACCAGCUUAUGGAAGAUGGACAGUCCUGUAAAGAUAUUGAUGAGUGUACUCAAGGUUUGGGUACGCUAUGCUUAUUCCAUUGUGUAAAUGUGCCGGGAAGCUACCAGUGUGCGUGCCCUGAACAUGGCUACACAAUGGCACCAAAUGGAAGAACAUGCAAAGAUAUUGAUGAGUGCUCAUUAGGAACUCACAACUGUACAUCUUCAGAGACCUGCUUCAAUAUUCAAGGAAAUUACAAAUGCCUACUAUAUGAUUGUCCUGCAAAUUACAAAAAAGUAUCUGACAUGCGAUGUGAACGUAUUUCAUGCCUUACCUUAGAAGAUUGUCAAAAUACCCCACUGAGAAUCACUUACUAUCAACUGACUUUUCCAACAAAUGUAUUGGUACCAGCUACAAUUUUCCGCAUUGGGCCAUCACCUGUAUAUGCUGGGGAUAACAUUUUCCUAAGUAUCACCAAAGGAAAUGAAGAACAAUACUUCAGUACACGUCGUCUAAAUUCCUACACAGGGAUGGUGUACCUUCAGCGACAAGUCAUGGGACCCAGAGAUUUUAUUUUGGAUGUUGAAAUGAAGUUAUGGCGUCAGGGAACAUUGACUACUUUCAUUGCUAAAAUUUAUGUAUUUAUCACAGAACAUGCUUUCUGAAGCAUACUUUGAAACUCUUUGGUGCUAUUUUUAUAUAUGUAUAUAUUUUUAAAAGCAAUGAGCAGUUAUUUUUACUGUGGAAGUCAAGAUUACUGUAUAACUACUUAAUUCUAUUUAUCUGUACUUCUGAAGAAGGCAUAGUAUAUCAUCAAAUAAUUCAGAAAUGUUAUAUACCACAAGGAUACCAACAAAGAAAAAAAUGACUGCACACAAUGUAGCAUAUAUUAUUAACAAUGCCCUUUCUCAUACAUACUUUCAUACACAGUGUCUAUAACCCCAAAAAGAAUAUGCAACAUUGGAAACUUCGGUUGUUCUGCUUUGCUAAUUGUCAGUAAUUGUUGCUGCAAUUUCUUCACCACACCUGGCUACUGAAGCAAACAUGUCGAAUGCUGGUCUGUAAUUUUUUUGUAUAUAACUAAGCAAAGACACAUAUGAGUAGUUAAAGAAAUAAAAGAGCUAUGGCCUUUCAUCUGAACUUGUCUAACAUUAGCACUCAUGUAUGUGAUGGGGAGAGGAGUGGAAUAGGAUCGGAUGUUGUUUUUGCUAUGGGAAGCAAUUAAUUAUUCAACUGAAAACAUAUUUGUUGUGUUUUUUUACAUGUGGCAUACAUACCCAUAGAACAAGUAUUGUUCCUAAUGUUAUUUUUAUUAUUAUUGUUAUUGUUAUUAUUAACCUGACUGAUGAAAUGCAGUAAAAAAUAUGCUGUGUGAAUACCAAUUAAUGGAGAAAUAUUUCUGCUGUUCUAUGUGACUGAGUUUGUAAAAACAAGUAGAUAGUUGCACUAAUUACUAAAUAUAUAAGAAAAGCCGCACACUAUACAUAGAAUAGGUGCUUCAGCUUUCUCUUUCUGUUAAAAGAGACUUGCAUCCCCUGCUUUCCAUCACAUUUAUGGUGCUGUUACUAUGUUAGUUUUCAAUGAUAGCUCGUAUAUGUUGUAACGCUAACCCUAAAGGAAAUGUAACAAAUAAAGCACUGCAUUCUUUGGGCUACAGCAUUGACAUUUAAAUUUGGAACCAGAGGAUGGGAAGAAUUUGCAUUGUCUUUUGUUGUCCCAUAUGCUUCAUAUAUGAAACGCAUGCUAUAUUGAUUGUGUAACGCAUUUUGAAAAGACACAACAUGAAUGUAUCGUACUCUUUCGACUGCAUGCCAGGUUAAAAAGUAAUAUCAUAACUCUUGAGUCUUAUGUAUAUAACUAUUUGAUUGUACUUGAAAAAUGAAUUACUUUUUCCAAAGACAAAGAAACAAAGUUGCACACUUAUUAACUCAGGGGAAAAUGUUCCCUAACUAGGCUGAUUGCAUUAUGUCAUUUCCUUUCAAUAUGCCCAGAAUGUCAAGUGCGAUUUCCUCUGGUUUCUUAAGUUAAUUGGAAGAACUCCAGACCUGCAAACCAGAUGGGGACUAUAGAGUGUAGCAUAGUAACUGAAGCUGUUAAAAAUGAAUUUUACCCCUGUAAAAUGUUUGUGUUCUGUAGCCUUGAACUCUCCACUUUCUUGGCAGAGUAACAGGUUUGGUCAUGAAGUUGUUCACAACAUUUAUGGGUGUAGAUGUUAUUAAUACUUUUUUAAGAUUGUUGCUGUGCUGUUUGACAGUUUAAAUACAUUUCUAAAUUUGUCUACACAGAAUAAUUAGAGUUGGGAACCAACUUGAACUAUACUGUAUGCUAUAAAUAUUAUAGUCAAGGUUUUAUAGUUAAUGGUAUAUGAUUUUUAUACUGAAGUCAUGCUGACAAUAGUUUUUUCAACGUGCAUUAAAAGUAUUAAAUUAUGGUUUGUAGAGCAGCAGAGUAUGGGUUAUAACUACCUGUAGUCUACAUUUCACUUGUAAUGAAACUUCAGUAAUUAAUACCAUCGUAGGAAUACAUCUCUGAAUAAUCAGAACACAGAAUCCACUAACAUUAUCCGAAUACUUGUAUACAAUUGUGUCUGUAUCAUCCAUCAUUAGCUGGUCAGAAGACAUAGCAAUGAUGAAAGUAGUACACUGAAAGGAGACAUAAAUAGUAGAAAUAAAUGAGUGCACCUUGGCAGAGGUGAAGUUUUACUCAUUUGUACAUUCAGAAUUAUGAUUACAUUAAGUGCUGUUUAUGUCUAGAAAAUUCAUUUUUUAAUUGUGUUAGUGGAGUCUGCAUUCUUUGAAGCAGACUGCAUAUAAAUGUGACUUGAAAUGCUAAUGGUUGAAAGCCAAAUUUGCUAUUUAUUAAAACAUGGAAUACCCUCUUUCUACACUAUUUAUUGUUUCCAUGUUUGCUUUUGAUCUGGUGCCACAAUACCUCCACUAGGGUUUUAUUUUUCUCUUUCAGACUUGCUCUGUUUUCUACAGCAUUUCUUUUGUUCCUAUUAAACAGGCAUCUGGUUAACAUGACUGUUUCAGUGACCAUCAUUCUAAACUAACAUUUCAGUGAAUAAACAUGAUAAUGGUA